AUGAUGAAGAAGAGGCUCCAAGCUCAACAAAACAUAGAACUCCGUGAGGCGGUGGACGCACCGUGGGAAGCACUUCCAAGUAAGGCUUUAGGUGAUUCAUUUUAUAUGGACAUGAAACGAAUGAGUUUGACAGUAGCUGCUAAAAUAGAGACGAUUUCCAAUAACCUCACUUUUCCUAGUUCCUUCCUACCUAAAACACCUCCACUUCUCAGGAAGUUGGCAGCAUACGAGUUUGUGCCAGGUUUAAAACGAAAAUCUAAUGAUGAAGAAAAAGGCUUCGGUGCUAGGGUGGUAAAAAACCUACUAGAAGGUAUGGAAGCAAAACACCAUAUAGUGUAUUUUAACAACUUCUUCAACAGUGUACCACUGUUAGAAUAUCUGAAAUCGCAUGUGGAACAGUCAACCCUUGGUAUUAACAUUGAUCGUGCCGUAGCUGUUGAUGCUGGGAUACGCAUCGUACCUAAAAGCGAAGACGAGUAUCGGAAGAUGUUCCUCACCAUACAUUUCCUCUGCCAUCUGAGCGUAACAUCCACGCUGUUAUCGGAGGAAUCCCAGCAUCAACUGCUUAGCAGGAAAUCCAAGAGGAGCUCUUACUCUCCUCCAGAAUAUGCCAAGUAA